CACCGAAUCAAGGAUGAGCUGCGCCGCCCCAAAAGCCCCCGCCGGAGAGGAGAAGAAGACGUCAUGGCCGGAGGUAGUGGGAAAGUCCAUCGAGGAGGCCAAGGAGAUCAUCCUUAAGGACAUGCCUAACGCCGACAUCGAUGUCCUUCCUGCUGGCUCGGCGAUGACCCUCGACUUCAGGACCAACCGUGUCCGCAUUAUCGUUGACACUGUCGCGACCACCCCUUCCAUUGGUUAGCAAGCUUUGCGAGCGAGAUACAAAAUGGAUGCACUUAUGCAUUCUGAUGAAUAAGUAGUUUCAAUAAUCAUGGAUGAAUAAAUACACGCAGAUCAAUGGCGUGUGUCGAUGUACUUAUGGUGCAAUGGACUUGACUAGUUAUUUUUAAUUUAUGAGAUCUCGGCUUGCUGUUCAUGUGUUUA